AGAGUGCCGAGUAUCUGUAUACGGUGUGCGGUGGGGGGGAUCUCAGCCAGAUAUCAUCAAACAUAACAGAAAACCUUUUCCCUAAAAAGCAGACUCUUAAAAGCCGCUUUCAAUCUCUAUUUGGUAUUUCCGUCAGCAGAGGUUAUUCUGAAGAACGUGACAAGAACAGAAAUACGUUAAGCAGGAAUAUGAAGAAAUCUUUUAAUAGAAGGACCAAUGAUACCAACUCUGACAAAUCAAGGAAUCUGUCAGAAUCCUAUAAAACUACAAAGGAGAUAGUAAACGGAAAAGCAAAACGUUACCCAUGUUCUGAAUGUGGAAAAUGUUUUGCCAGCAAAACAUGUCUUGUUAAACAUCUGAGAAUUCACACAGGAGAGAAACCUUUCUCAUGUUCUGAAUGUGGGAAAUGUUUUGCCAGCAAAACAUGUCUUGUUACACAUCUGAGAAUUCACACAGGAGAGAAACCUUUCUCAUGUUCUGAAUGUGGGAAAUGUUUUAGCCAGUUCUCAAAUCUUGUUACACACCAGAGAAUUCACACAGGAGAGAAACCUUUCUCAUGUUCUGAAUGUGCGAAAAGUUUCACCACUAAACUGUCUCUUGAGACACAUGAGAGAACUCACACUGGAGAGAAACCUUUCUUAUGUUCUGAAUGUGGGAAAUGUUUUGGCAGUAGUGCAAGUCUAUUUUCACAUCAGAAAACUCGAAAAGGAGAGAAACCUUUCUCUUGUUUUAAAUGUGGGAAAACAUUUUGCAUUCACAAAGAUCUUAUUGUACACCAAAGGAUUUACAAAGGGGAAAAACCUUACUCGUGUACUGAAUGUGGGAAAUGUUUUCAUUUUAAACUAGAUCAUAUUAGACAUCAGAGAACUCACAACGAAAAUAAACCUUUUUCAUGUUCUGAAUGUGGAAAAUGUUUUGGCAGUAAAUCAGGUCUUAUUGCACAUCAGAAAUAUCAUAGAGGCGAGAAGCCAUUCUCAUGUUCUGAAUGUGGAAAAUGUUUUAGUUGGCACACACACCUUCUUAAACAUCAGAGGACUCAUACAGGAGCGAAGUCGUUCUCAUGUUCUGAAUGUGGAAAAUGCUUUGUCUGUAAAUCACUUCUUGUUGCACAUCAGAAAACUCACACAGGAGAGAAAAUCUUCUAAUGUUCAGAAAGUGGAAAAUGUUUAAUCAGUAAACCUAAUCUUGAUGCACACCAGAGAACUAAAACGGGAGAAACGUUUCCCUUGUUUUUAAUGUAAGAGAAAUAUCUUAGAUGUUCUAAUUAAUUUAUGGAUUAAAAUGGGAAUAAAACAUCCUGUAUUGUGAAGGUGAACCAUUCUAUAAUCAUCAUUGAAAUUUUGUUUACCAUCCAGUAUCUCACUUUAAAGCAUAGCCUUUC